GGCCUAUCUCAUUUCUUUCACGUGUAGCCCUGUUUAUUUUUCCGAAAAUUAUUCAAAUUUGUCUUGUACUUUCAGAUUUUGUUGGAAUAGUUUUAAAUUUUCAGGUGCAUAACGGUUCUCAUUUAACGAAAUAGUGGAAAGGCACCCUUAAUAUUUUAAUUACAUUCUACGUAAAAAGUACUUUUUUGUAUCAUGCACACUUUUAUACCAACGCUGAGAAACAGCUGAGACCAGCGGCUAUUGUUCAUAGGGGCAUUUGUUGUUUAUAACAAAAUAAAAAGUUUUAAUUGGUAUUAGUUAACAAAUACAUGAAAAAUUAUGUCUUAUUUUGUCCAAAUUUUGUGAAUUUAUAAAAAUAAGCAAUAAAUACAAUAACAAAAACUAACGAGGGCAGCUAAGCUGAUUCAACUUUGCGAAUGAAGUGUAUUUAAAAUUAACAGCAGCAUCAAACCACUGGAAAGGACAACAUUCAAUAUGAGGCGAAUGAAUAAUCUACUAACCCUUUUCACAUCCAUGUCGGCUUUUUUCUUUGGUUGUUUUAUAACAACAUUGUUGACAUCGGUUGAUAAAUGCCCCACACAAAAGAGUGGUGUGCAUAAGUUGGAGCCGCACCCGGAACUCUUCUUAAUGGUCUUAAUAUUAAGCGCUCCACGUUAUGAGGAAAAACGCAAUGCUCUACGCAACACCUGGCUGAAAUUAGGUAAACCUUUGGCCUUGCCCUACUAUCCCGAAGAAUUUGUUUAUUUGCCAUUUUAUGGGCCCAUGGGCCACCUACAAAUGGAAGGUCCAGCUGAACAAGCGAAUCGCUUGAGAAUUUUCAUGGAUUGGUUGGAGAGUGUCGAGCAUACAAAAACUGAACCUCCCAAAAGAAAUAUAAAGGUAAAGCAUUUCUUUGCCAUUGGUACCCAAGGUUUAGAUCCAUCGCUACGUUAUCAACUGGAGAAGGAACAAAAACAACAUCUGGACUUGUUACUUUUGCCCAGGGUGACGGAUACCUAUGCUAAUUUGACUGAGAAACUAAUACAUUCUCUCGAUGCCUUAACCCAUCACUAUGAUUUUAGCUAUUUGUUAAAAGUGGAUGAUGAUUCGUAUGUAAAACUAGACUAUUUGCUCAAUGAAUUAGUAUCGUACGAUCGAAAGUUGUUGCGACGUUCCAAGGAGUUUCGGGAUAAUCCUCUACCAGCACUUUACUGGGGAUAUUUCAAUGGCCGCAGCAAUAUUAAGACCAAAGGCCAAUGGAGUGAACCGAAUUACUAUUUGUCCAUGCGUUACAAUACCUAUGCAUUGGGAGGAGGUUAUGUGCUUGGACGUAAAUUAUGUGAAUAUGUAGCAAAUAACUCGCAUCAUCUAUCGACCUAUGUCAGUGAGGAUAUAUCUGUGGGCACUUGGCUGGCACCAUUUCGACAUGUCUAUAGACAUCAUGACCCCCGAUUCGAUACGGCAUAUAUGGCUAGGAAAUGUAAACGAUAUCAUUUGGUAUUACACAAACGAAAUGAGACUCUAAUGCGAGAUUUAUACCAAGGAAAGCUAUGUACAUUCGAGGUAGCCAAUGAGAAAAAGCUGCAAAGGCCAAUGGAAUACUAUUAUGACUGGCAUAAGACGGCUGAUAAAUGCUGUGAUAGUUUAGUAGUCUAAAGUCAAAGUGCCACAUUUAGCUAUAUCUAUGCAAAGUAUAUACACACACAUAUAUAUACACAUUAAUGUCCAUUUAUAAUAAAUGCAAUGCCUUAAUGAAUAGUGUAUUAACGAAACCAAAGCGCAAAUAUUAGUAAAUAAAAUAAAUUUAUU